GGCGGGGCCCGGUCGGCGCCGCGAGUCCAUUUUGCAGCCGUUCCCGGCGCGUAACGCGCGGUGUCGGCGGCUGAAGGACUGGUCGUUGCGCGGCUCCGGGCGGGUCCCCUCCAGCGACCGCAGUAGCCUCAUUUGAUUACCAGUCACGACUUGGAAACAAAACAAAACCGAAACCUGAUUGCUUUGCUCUGGGAAAUAGUAACCCUGACCAAUACACCUGCUUUCAAGGGACAGAGGAGAUGUGAUGGAGCUGCUUGAAGAAGAUCUCACGUGCCCAAUUUGUUGCAGUCUGUUUGAUGAUCCUCGAGUUUUGCCUUGCUCACACAACUUUUGCAAAAAAUGCUUAGAAGGGAUCUUAGAGGGGAAUGUGCGGAAUUCAUUGUGGAGGUCAUCUCCAUUCAAGUGCCCCACAUGCCGGAAGGAAACUUCAGCUACUGGAGUCAAUAGUCUGCAGGUUAAUUACUCCCUGAAGGGUAUUGUGGAAAAGUACAACAAGAUCAAGGUCUCUCCCAAAAUGCCAGUGUGCAAAGGACACUUGGGGCAGCCUCUCAACAUUUUCUGCCUGACCGAUAUGCAGCUGAUUUGUGGGGUCUGUGCAACUCGUGGUGACCACACCAAGCAUGUCUUCUGUUCCAUUGAAGAAGCCUAUAUUCAGGAAAGGGAUGCCUUUGAGUCCCUCUUCCAGAGCUUUGAGACCUGGCGUCGGGGAGAUGCUCUUUCUCGUUUGGAUACCUUGGAAACUAGCAAAAGGAAAUCUCUACAGUUACUGACUAAAGAUUCAGAUAAAGUAAAGGAGUUUUUUGAGAAGUUACAGCACACAUUAGAUCAAAAGAAGAAUGAAAUCCUGUCUGACUUUGAGACCAUGAAACUUGCAGUUAUGCAGGCCUAUGACCCAGAGAUCAACAAACUCAACACCAUCUUGCAGGAACAGCGAAUGGCCUUUAACAUUGCUGAGGCUUUCAAAGAUGUGUCAGAACCCAUCAUAUUUCUGCAACAGAUGCAGGAGUUCAGGGAGAAAAUAAAAGUAAUCAAGGAAACUCCUUUGCCUCCAUCUAAUUUGCCUACAAGCCCUUUAAUGAAGAACUUUGAUACCAGUCAGUGGGAAGACAUAAAACUGGUAGAUGUGGAUAAACUUUCUUUGCCUCAAGACACUGGCACAUUCAUCAGCAGGAUUCCUUGGAGCUUUUAUCAGUUAUUUGUGGUAGUCGUUCUGCUUGGCCUUCUUGUCUUCUUCAGUCCUACCAUAUUCCUAGAAUGGUCUUUAUUUGAUGGAAUCGCAACUUGGAAAGACAAUCUUUCAAAUUUCAGUUCCUAUCUGACUAAAUCAGCUGAUUUUGUAGAACAAUCAGUUUUUUACUGGGAAGAGUUGAUGGAUGGGUUUUUCAUUUUCAGUGAAAGACUGAAGAAUUUUACUUUGGUGGUGCUGAACAAUGUGGCAGAAUUUGUGUGCAAAUAUAAACUAUUAUAAAAUCUGUUUCAAGUACAUAGUUCUGUGUCUUUUGUUAGAAAUUUGUUAGAAUACAGCGUGAUAGUUCAGAUUUGGUCAAGAUUCCAGUCAGAUCAUUUUCCUCCAAAAGUAUUCCUCUCAAAAAGAAUGUCCUACACAUGUUGAAAAUUAGGUAGCAUAAAGAUAAAAAUGAAAAUUAGGUAGCCUAAAGAUAAAAAUGAAAAUUUAUAGUUUAGUCCUGAACCUUCCUUCCUCCUUUUUAAACUGCUUUUGAAAUAAGCACCCUACCCCCAAUAUUGGCUGUGUUUAUGCUAUGGAAAAAGGAGGUGGAAGAGCACAUGACUUAGUAUUGUAUUGAUGAGUUGGUGUAAUAAUGAUUGUUCUUAAGCAUGUAAUAAAGACUACUCCUGUAAAGCAACUUUA